UCUCUCACCUGCGAGGAAAAGUUCUGAGCUUUUUCGCAGUCUCUCAUUCAAUCACGCAUCGUCCUUAUGGGAAGCGAAGAGUUCGAGGGACGCAUUCCAUUUUGUUCCUCUUCGGUUCAUCGAUGGAAGUACGACGUGUUCGUAAGUUUCAGAGGUAAGGACAUAAGGAAGACCUUCGCAGCCCACCUAUUCCGUGCGCUAAAGCAGGCGGGAAUCUACUACUUCGAGGACAAUGACAAAGCAGAGACCGGAAUUUUCAUCGAGCCCAAGCUGCUCAAUGCGAUUCACCAUUCCAGGGUCUCUCUCAUCGUGUUUACCACCAACUAUGCGGACUCGCGGUGGUGCUUGAACGAGCUGGUGAAAAUCCUGGAGUGCAACAGGACGUUCAGAGAUCAUCAGGGUCACGUGGUUGUGCCCAUUUUCCAUAAUGUUGAGCCAAGCGACGUUCGGAAACAGAGCGGGCAAUUUGGGGAUGGUUUUCAAAAGUGUUUGGCCACCCACACGGACGAUUUGCUGGUGCAGAAGUGGAGGGAUGCGCUUAAAGAAGCUGGAAAUUUAUCGGGAUGGCAUUUGAAUAAUGAUGCCAAUGGGGAUCAAGCGGACUUCAUCGAGCAAAUUGUAGGACAUCUCUUCAAGAUUAUUCCCAGAACUAGCUCCCCCUAUGCUAUUGGAGUGGAUUCCUUUGUUGACGACGUGAUAUCAUCGCUGGAAAUCAGGUCAGAGGAUGGUGUGCGUGUGGUUGGAAUAUGGGGAAUGAAAGGAAUUGGCAAGACAACUGUGGCCAAAGUCAUUUGUGGUAGCCUUUUUAGGGAAUUUGAAGGUGUUAGCUUACUUGAAAAUGUUGGAGAUACAAACCAAGGUGCUCUUUUACUUCUUCAGAAGAGACUUCUCCAUGAUGUUCUGCAGGUAAAAGGUCUAGAAAUGUACGAUCUUAAUAGCAACAUCAAUGUGAUAAAAAAUAAACUCUGUCGAAAAAAGAUCCUUCUAGUUCUUGAUGACAUAUCUAAGAAGGACCAAAUUGAGUAUUUUGGUGCUGGAGAUCGAGAUUGGUUUCAACAUGGGAGUAGAAUUUUGAUAACUACGAGAGAAGAACGGCUUCUGGACGAUCUCGAAGUAGAUGACAAGUACAUGCUCCCAGGACUGGGUUCUAAAGAAUCACUUCAACUCAUGUGCCGCCAUGCCUUCUGCAAAGACCAACCUGAAGAAGGGUAUGAAGAGUUGUCUAAGAGUCUUGUCCACUAUGCAGGCGGUCUGCCAAUGGCUCUUAAGAGAUUUGGUUCCUUUCUUUCAAGGAAGAAAAAUCAGGGGCAACAGAUCUUGGAGACAUUGGCAAGAGAUCCUCCUCGUGAUUCAGUUGGAUUACCUUUAGAUCCAUCCUCCCUUCGUCACUCUGUAGGGCCAUUUGGAGGCCAUGGUGGAGAUUCUUUUGAUGAUCAAACAUACGGUGACAUAAGAAAAAUAACAAUUGUCGUGAGAUCAGAGAUUGAGUCCAUUACUAUUGACUAUGAUCAGAAUGGGUGUUUGGUGCGCUCACCGCGACAUGGUGGAUUUUUUGGACGAGAAGCAUGGGAGUUUACUUUAAAUUAUCCAGAAGAAUACUUGAUUUCAGUCUCCGGCCACAUUCGAGAAGAUUCCUGUCGUGUCAUCAACUCUCUUACCUUCUACAGCAAUAUGAGGACACAUGGGCCGUUUGGCAAUGAGAAUGGGAUGUUUUUCAGGUUUCCACAAGUUGAUGGAAAGAUCAUUGGUUUUCAUGGGAGGAGUAACUAUUCUCUGGAUUCCAUUGGAGCUCAUUUUGGACCUGUCUCUCAUCCAUAUCCCUUCAAACACGUAGGACCAUUUGGAAAUGGGAAAAACCGCUGGGAUGAUGGCAAGCAUUCAGAUGUCAGACAAAUUGUUGUAGUCUCUGGUUCUGCAAUUGAAUCUAUUAGUAUUACCUAUGAGGAGGGUCGUUCUUUUAGACAUGGUGCAAAUGAUGGCGGCAAAAUAAAUACGAUAAAUUUAGACUGGUUGACUGAAUAUCUAACUUCAGUCUCGGGAUAUAUUAUGAAUGAUUUGGGUUCUACUAUCAUCCAUUCUCUCACAUUUCAAAGUAAUAAAAGAACAUACGGACCAUUUGGCACUGAAACUGGAAGAAAAUUUUCAUUUCCCGCAACUGGUGGUAAGAUCAUUGGAUUUUAUGGGAGUUCUGGUUCCCAUCUUCAAUCUCUUGGAGCAUAUUUCCAACCAAUAUCUCAUAUAUAUCCGAUCAAGUGUAGCGGACCAUUAGGAGGCCAAGGUGGACAACCUUGGGACGAUGGAAAAUAUAAUGGUGUAAAGAAAAUAAAGAUGAUGGUGUACGUGGAUGCGGUUAACUUGGACUACCCUCGUGAGUUCUUAACCUCCGUAUCAGGUUAUAUCAGAGAUAAUAAUCCGGUAAUCCAAUCGCUCACGUUCGAAAGCAAUAUAAGAAGGCAUGGACCCUUUGGUAGGGAAGAAGGAAGAUUCUUCAGCUGUGCACUGACAUGCAGCAAGAUCAUUGGCUUUCACGGAAGGUCUGGCGCCCAGCUUGAUGCCCUAGGAGUCUACUCUGAACCAAUUUCGGAUCUUCGACUCUUGAAAUCCAUUGGGCCAUUUGGAGGUCAAGGUGGCAGUGCAUGGGACGAUGGAGAUAGCACGGGUGUGAGAGAAAUAUUUGUAAAAGGAGGAUUAGUUAUUCACUCCAUUACUGUUGAGUACGACAAGAAUGGGUCUGUCCAGCGCAUUGAACGUGGUGCGGAUGGUGCUGUGGAUGGAGGAUAUUCAACACUUGAGAUUAAACUCGAUUAUCCUCGAGAGUACUUGACUUCGUUUUCUGGUUACUUUAAAGAUUUCUUCGGGUAUACUGUCAUCCGCUCUCUCAAAUUUCAGAGCAAUGAAAGAACUUUUGGGCCAAUUGGUGUAGAAGACGGGAAGUACUUUUCUUUUCCAUCAACCGGCAAAAAGAUUGUUGGGUUUCAUGGGAGAUUAAACUCGAUUAUCCUUGAGGAGUACUUGACUUCAUUUUCUGGAUACUAUGGAGAUUUUUUGGGUAUACUAUUGCUUGCUCCGUCGCAUUUUGGAGCAAUGAAAGAAAUUUCAGGCCAUUUGAUGUAUAAGAUGGGAAAUUAUCCUAUGGGAAUCAAAUACGUCGAGGGAUUCGUUCCAUCUACUUCCUCUUCGGCUUAUCGGUGGAAGUACGACGUGUUCAUGAGCUUCAGAGGCGAGGACGUAAGGAAGAACUUCGCAGUCCAUCUCUUCCGCGCACUAAAGCAGGCGGGGAUCUACUGCGUCAAGGACAAUGACAAAGUGGAGACCGCGAUUUUCAUUGAGUCCAAGGUGCUUGAGGCGAUUUGCCAUUCUCGUCGUGUUCACCACCACCUACGCGGACUUGAGAUGGUGCUUGAACGAGCUGGUGGAGAUCCUGGAGUGCCACAGGAGGUUCAGAAAUCAUCAGGGUCACGUGGUUCUGCCCAUUUUCUUUGA